CCGAUUUCAGAGGACGUCGUCACAUUCUGGUAGACGUCUUCCGAAUCCGGUAGAGCUACGAGCGGCCUCUAAGCUCGCGUGAGGCUUUCGCGACAAACUUUAAAAGUCGCAGUGAUAUUGACGCGAUAUAAACGCCUUGUAAUGAAUAAAUAAAUCAAAUAUCCCUCAUUGAUUAAGGAGAGUUUAUUGUUUAAAUAGUUUACAUAGUUUACAUAGCUGUGGUGUUGAUGCGGUGAGGGGGAGGGCCGAUCGCGAUACGAGCAAGCAGAAAUAAAACGUCGCGAACGGGUCGCGAAAGGUCGCGACAAACAGCAAACAACCGCGGGGCGGUCGCGACAAACAACGACAGGCGACGAGACGCGGCGGGUUGGUGGGUGAGAGACCGAGGCGGGCCACGCCUUGCCUGGUUUCUCUGCCGGGCUUUGGGUGCGCGGAGCCGGCGAGGGAAGUAGGCCGAGAAGUAAGAAGGAGGAGUUGUCGGUGCUCAGAACUUAAUCAUGGGUGAACGCAAGGGAGUCAACAAGUACUACCCUCCAGACUUCGACCCAGCCAAGCACGGCUCGCUCAAUGGCUACCACAAGACUCACGCCUUGCGGGAGAGAGCUCGCAAGCUAUCUCAGGGUAUCCUCAUCAUCAGGUUUGAGAUGCCCUACAACAUCUGGUGUGACGGCUGUGGAAACCACAUCGGCAUGGGUGUACGAUACAAUGCAGAGAAGAAGAAAGUUGGUAACUACUACACCACUCCUAUAUACAGGUUCCGCAUGAAGUGCCACCUGUGCGUGAACUACCUGGAGAUGCAGACAGACCCCGCCUCCUGUGACUACGUCAUCGUGAGCGGAGCGCGCAGGAAGGAGGAGCGAUGGGACGGCAACGACAACGAACAGAUCCUGGCCACCGAGCACGAGGAGAAGCGGCGGCUGGAGACGGACGCCAUGUACCGCCUGGAGCACGGCGACCGUGACCGGGCCAAGCUUGCGGCCGCCGCCCCGUCGCUGGCCCGGCUGGUGGCCCUCCGCUCGGCACGUCGGCACGACGGGGACGCCAACAGCCUGGCACGGCGGAGAUUCCGGGAAGAGAAGCGUGCCCGGAGUGAUGCGGAGGCUUCCAUGGUGGCCGAGCAGAAGAGAGCCGGAGUCUCCAUUCCUCUCCUGCCGCUCAGCGAUGAGGACCGCAGACUGGCGUCACUCAUCACGUUACACAGUAAACACACGUACAAGGACCGGCAGAGGCAGACACGCAGAGACAUCUCCUGCCGGCCCUGGUUCACUAGCAAUGCGACAGCCUCCUCCUCCUCCUCCACCCCCCGCCUCCUCCACCCCCGGCUGCGCUAG